UCUCUCUCUCUCUCUCUCUCUCUCUCUCUCUCUCUCUCUCUCUCUCUACUCUGAAAAUGCAUGUAUUUUCCUUCUUCGAUCGAUCUACACGUGCUUUCCAACGCUCUCCAUCAUUUUCCAAGCUAAUCCUUCUAGGCACUAUCAGUACUGGAGGUCUUGUGGCAUAUUCUGAGUCAAAACCAGACAGUGGUUCAAGUAGUGGUGAUUCAUCUCAAGUAGAAGCCAAGAAGAAGAGGGUGGUAGUGCUUGGAACUGGAUGGGCUGGCACAAGCUUCUUGAAAAAUGUGGACUGUUCAUUGUAUGAUGUUCAGGUGGUGUCGCCCCGUAAUUAUUUUGCAUUUACACCUCUUUUGCCGAGUGUUACAUGUGGUAAAGUGGAAGCACGUAGCAUUGUUGAGCCUGUCCGUAACAUUAUCAAAAAGAAAAAUGGAGAAAUUCAGUUUUGGCAAGCCGAAUGUGUCAAGAUUGAUGCUGCAAACAAAAGGAUUCAUUGUCAUUCGAAUGAUAGCAAGAUGGUGGAAGGGAAAGAAGAAUUACUUGUAGACUAUGACUACUUGGUGAUAGCAAUAGGAGCUCCGUCAAAUACAUUCGACACUCCCGGUGUGAUGGAGAACUGUCAUUUUCUGAAGGAAAUAGAGGAUGCUCAGGAGAUCCGUAGGAGUGUUAUCGAUUGCUUUGAAAAAGCCAGCCUUCCAAACCUCAGUGACGAUGAGAGGAAGGCAGCUCUCCAUUUUGUAAUCGUUGGCGGAGGUCCAACUGGAGUGGAAUUUGCUGCGGAGUUGCAUGAUUUUAUGAGUGAGGACGUAGUCGAGAUAUAUCCUACAGUUCAUGAUUUAGUAAAAAUAACAGUUAUCCAGUCAGGGGAUAAUAUUUUGAACAUGUAUGAUAAAAGAAUCAGAUCGUUUGCUAAAGGGAAGUUCCAAAGAAAUGGUAUUGAAGUGAAAACAGGACAGCGGGUUAUCAGUGUGUCUGAUAAGGCCAUUACCACCAAGGAAAAGGGCAAUGGACAAAUUUCUUCUAUACCAUACGCAAUGGUUGUUUGGUCUACCGGUAUCGGGACCCACCCUGUUGUAAGGGAUUUUAUGCAGCAAAUUGGUCAGAAUGAAAGGCGUGCUUUAGCAACUGAUGAAUGGCUGCGAGUCAAAGGAUGUGAUGGUAUAUAUGCACUUGGUGAUUGUGCGACAAUACAUCAACGCAAAAUCAUGGAAGAUAUUUUAAUGAUAUUUAAAGCUGCGGACAAAGACAAAUCUGGCACUCUAACUGUUAAAGAAUUCCAAGAUGUUUUCAAAGAUAUUCGUAUGAGGUACCCUCAACUGGAGUUUUAUUUGAAAAGUAAGGAUAUCCGCAAUGUUGUAGAUCUAUUGAAUGAUUCCAAAGGGAAUGAGAGAAAAGAAUCUAUCGAGCUAGAUAUUGAAGGGUUCAAGUCAGCUCUGUCGCGUGUGGAUUCACAGAUGAAGAAUCUUCCCGCAACUGCUCAGGUUGCUGCUCAACAAGGGGCAUACCUUGCUAAGUGCUUUAAUGACAUGAAGAAGUGUGAAAAUAAUCCUGAAGGACCUCUCAGAAUCAGAGAAUCAGGGCGCCAUCAAUUUCAGCCGUUUCGGUACAAGCAUUUUGGGCAAUUUGCUCCAUUGGGAGGAGAGCAAGCAGCUGCAGAACUCCCCGGAGAAUGGGUUUCUAUAGGUCACAGCGCCCAAUGGCUUUGGUAUUCUGUUUAUGCAAGCAAACAAGUUAGUUGGCGCACAAGAGCAUUGGUGGUAUCAGACUGGACAAGGAGAUUCGUAUUUGGAAGGGAUUCAAGCCGCAUAUGAGGCAAUGAUAGGUUCCAGAACACAUGCCCCAGCAACCAUUCCUAGCAUCUUUCUGUUUUCUUCUCUCUUCGUUUCUCCUCAAUUCCGUUCUGGAAAAUGACAGUUGUAUUUUAUCAAUGCAGCUUCUUUGUCACAGUGGUCCCAAUUCACUGUCAAGAUAAUCUAGUUAUUAUCAAUUUUCCACUCAGCCAAUCAAUGAUUCAUUUGUGUGGCCCCCAAGGCCAGAUAAUUUGGUAGAUUGAUGUUCAUGCA